UGCGCCUUUAAACGCCAUACAGAAGCGCUGCUGGUGUGUGUGUGCGCGUGUGUAUGUGUGUGAGUGAGAGAGAGUGUAUGUGUGUGUGUGUGUGUGUGUGUGUGUGUGAGCGUGUGUGUGUCAGCCGUACCCAUCAUGGCCCCUGAGCAGCAGCUGAUCAGACGAACCGGCGCUCCGCCAUCCUCCUCCAGCGAGCCGCGGCCCCGGUGAACCGGCUCCAUGUGUCCCCCAUCCUCGGUCAGAUAUCUGAGCAAGAGGGCCGUGCUCCAGCCGCCCGGCGCGAAAAUGAAUAAGGAUUAUUCCAUUAAUCUAUCGGUGCAGCAAGUGCUCAGCCUGUGGGUCCAGGGCACGGUACCGAACCUACAGCACUUCACAGAAAUGUGGUACUGGGUGUUCCUGUGGUGUCUAUUCUCCUCUCUGUUGGUUCACAGCGCCGUGGGUCUGCUGAUGUGUGUGACGCUGCAGCGUCAUAAGAGAGGACGGCUCAUCACACUGGUGCUCAUCAGCGUGGGCUUCCUGGCCUCGCUCACCGGAGGGGUCAUCACCAGUGCGGCAGUGGCGGCCGUGUACCGCGUGGCAGGGAAGGACAUGGCUCCUCUUGAAGCUCUGGUGUUCGGGGUGGGCCAGACCGCUUUCACCGUCAUCCUUUCAUUCUCACGGAUCUUGGCCACUCUUUGAACGGACGGAAAGCAUCAUUGAUUGACACAGCCAAUCAGCCGGCAGAAGAGCCGGGCUCGAGGUGAGGUUUGGCCUGUGGUGCACAGAAAUGAGCUUUAGGAGUCACCAAUGGCCAAUGGACCACUAUAUGAAACCCUCUGGAGUGGAGAAUUUAGCAUU